AUGGAAAUGGAGAAGAACAAAGUCACUUGGGAAACCAAACAGAGUAUUCCUCUCCUAAAGCCGUAUAAGAUGGGAAACUUCAAUCUUUCACAUAGGAUUGUUCUUGCACCACUGACGAGACAGAGAUCGUACGGAAAUGUUCCUCAGCCUCACGCUGUCUUAUAUUACUCCCAGAGAGCCACGCCAGGUGGUUUUCUAAUCACUGAAGCCACCGGAGUUUCCGAUACAGCUCAAGGCUAUGAGAAUACUCCUGGGAUAUGGACUAAAGAGCAAGUGGAAGCUUGGAAGCCAAUUGUGGACGCUGUUCAUGCGAAAGGUGGUAUCUUUUUCUGUCAAAUUUGGCAUGUUGGUCGGGUUUCUAAUCGAGGUUUUCAGCCAAAUGGUGAAGCUCCAAUUUCUUGUACGGACAAGCCAUUGAAGCCAACCAAAGCACUGUUUUCGCCUCCAAGACGGUUAAGUACGGAAGAAAUUCCCGGAGUCGUCAAUGAUUUUAGACUCGCUGCAAGAAAUGCUAUGGAAGCCGGCUUCGAUGGAGUGGAGCUUCACGGAGCGCACGGUUACAUGAUCGAUCAGUUCUUGAAGGACAGUGUGAACGACAGAAUCGACCAAUACGGUGGAUCACUACAAAACCGUUGCAGAUUCGCUCUGGAAGUAGUGGUAGCAGUAGCCAAAGAGAUCGGGAAAGAUCGUGUUGGAGUUAGGCUCUCACCGUUCGCCGAUCUCAUGGAAUCCGGAGACUCUAAUCCAGAAGCAUUAGGGCUUUACAUGGCGGAAUCUUUGAGAAAAUGCGGAGUUCUCUACUGCCAUGUGAUUGAACCAAGAUUGAAAAGAGGAGGAGAGAUCAAAGAGUGUCCACAUGAGACGCUUGCGCCGAUGAGAAAGGCCUUUCAGGAAACGUUCAUUGUCGCUGGAGGUUACACGAGGGAAGACGGGAACGAGGCGGUGGCAAAGGGACAAACCGAUCUUGUGGCUUUUGGUCGAUGGUUUCUUGCCAAUCCGGAUUUGCCAAAAAGGUUCCAAGUGAAUGCGCCGCUGAAUAAAUACGAUAGACCAACGUUUUACACUUCUGAUCCUGUUGUUGGUUAUACCGAUUACCCAUUUCUAGAACCUACGGUUUCGUAG